UCAAGCAGUAACACUACUGUUCUACAAUCAACACCAACCACAUCAAGCAGUAACACUACUGUUCUACAAUCAACACCAACCACAUCAAGCAGUCACACCACGGUCCUACGAGCAACACCAACCACAUCACGCAGUAACACUACUGUUCCACAAUCAACACCAACCACAACAAGCAGUAACACUACUGUUCCACAAUCAACACCAGCCAUAUUUAGUAGUCAUACAUCUGUUUCACAAUCAAUAUCAAUCACAGAAAGCAGUAACAACGCUGUUCCAUAUUCAACACCAACCACAGAAAGCAGUGAUAUCAAUGUUCUACGAUCAACAACAACCUCAUCAAAUUGGUUAGUGACAUCCUUGCAAAAGAGUACAACUCAAUUGCCAUACACUCCUUCUUCAGAACAUGCCAAUCACAUAUCAACUCUUUCGUCCUUGAAGUACCUUGCCACUUCCAAUGUGCACAUGGUUAUCCCUUCUAAAACCCCUGAACAUUCCAAUGAUUACACUCCUGAGUAUUCGGAAAAAAGAUUUGAUGGCAAGGCUAUUUUUGCCUUAGAGUUUACCAAAGCUUUACUUGAUCCACGAAGCAAGGCCUUUGUGAAUAUGAGACUUAAAUUUCAAAUAUCGCUUCAUAAAAUAUACAAAAAUGAAGCAGGCUUCAAACACGUGACGGUUGAGAGGUUUAGUAAUGGAAGUGUGAUCGUUCAUUACUCAUUGUUCUUUGACAAAACUUCGAAUGUUACCGAAAUCAGUCUUUACCAGACCCUAGUCAAGGCUAACGGGACUGCGUUGCUUGAAGGACUACCUUUGAAAGGGGGCCGUAUUUCCUUUGUCAGACCUCCGAUGAAGGACGUUUUUCCUUCUUGGGCUAUUGUGGUCAUUUGCAUCGUUUCAGUGAUUGCUGUCAUUCUUGCUGUCUCUUUCAUCAAGUGGAAGCAUCAUCGUAGCAAACGUCCACAAUCAAUAUCUAAGAAAGAGCAAAAGCUCCUCAACAACAUUCAAUUGGAGAUGUUUAGCAGGAUGGACAGCACUCAACGACUUAGAGCCCAAGUCGGUAAUUAGGAUGAGGUAAACCAAGGACAACCGGAUAAACAAAGACAAUCAUUUGAUUCGCUUAAAGAAAUAAAUAUGUAAUAGGCCCUUUGCAGCUCA